UGUUGACCCUUUCGUUUCAUUUCUCGAGGCCUUUCCUGCUCUCUCUUACGCCGCCGUCUCCCGAUUCCGCCCUCGUCCAGGCGGCGGAGCUCUUAGGGUUCUUUUUUCCGGCGAUCGUUGGUGUUCUCCGGCUUUGCUUGCUCCAGUUUUUUUCUUUUGGAUCUUCCAAUCCUUCUGCCUUCGUUGUUUCUUGGCAGACUUAAGCUGUGUUCUUUUGUCGCUUCUGAAGAUGGGAGGCAGUCCAGCUCCAUUCGCUGAUAUUGGCAAAAAGGCCAGAGAUCUCCUGAACAAGGAUUACAAUUUCGACCACAAGUUUACUCUGACAAUGCUAAGUGCCACAGGAACGGAACUUGUGGCAACAGGUUUAAAGAAGGAUGAAUUCUUCUUUGGCGACUUGAGCACUCUGUACAAAGGUCAAAAUACCAUUGUUGAUCUGAAAAUCGACAGUUACUCCAAUGUGUCAACAAAAGUUACUGUCAACAAUCUCUUGCCCACUGCCAAAGCAUCUAUCAGCUUCAGAAUACCUGAUCACAAGUCUGGCAAGCUGGAUGUGCAAUAUGUUCACCCUCAUGCUACAGUCAAUUCUAGCAUUGGCCUGAACCCGACUCCUCUGUUAGAUCUUUCAGCAACUAUUGGAAGCCAGGAUCUUUGCCUCGGUGGUGAAGUCGGUUUUGACACAGCUUCUGCUUCACUGACCAAGUACAACGCGGGGAUUGGCUUGAACAAGCCAGACUUCUCUGCAGCACUCAUAUUGGCAGACAAAGGAGAGACGCUGAAAGCUUCAUACGUCCAUACAGUGAAUCCAACCACAGCCAUAGGGGCCGAACUAACGCACAGCUUCUCGACCUAUAACAACAAUAGCUUCACCAUCGGAAGCUCUCAUGCCAUGGAUACGUUCACGGUAGUGAAAAUCCGAUUCUCGGACAAGGGGAAAGCUGGAAUGGUCGUCCAGCGGGAAUGGAGGCCGAAGUCUCUCGUCACAUUCUCGGCCGAAUACGACUCCAAGGCUGUUAACUCCUCCCCAAGGUUGGGUCUUGCCCUUUCUCUCAAGCCCUGAGAAUAACAUUCAUUUUUUCAAUAAUAGAAUCUUUUUACCAUUCUGUGAUAUGGAAAAAAAAGAAGUGGAAAACCCGAUUUUGAGAUGGAAUCUGUUGUUGAUUCUUACGUUUCGAGUGGGGGUUUUUUCCAUUGUGACAUUGCUAUUACACAUUUUGUUUGUUUAGCUCCAAAUUGUUUUGUUCCGUUCUUGCUUAUGCAGAGCAGCGUUGUGUUUUUGACAUUACCAUUCCUCUCAUUAUUUUGGUUUUAAGUUUGUUUGA